UGUAGUUUUAGAUGUGUUGAGCAUAACUGGGAGAUGCUGAACCCAAACGUCUCAUGUUCUGCGUUCUCUCUUUCAGCUCCUAAGGAGUCCCAGCAUGUUACUUCAAAACCAAAAACAUCACCAAGCCCAGAAGUGUCAUACACUACACCUGCCUUAGAAGAUAAUACAUUUGGAGUUGAGCAAGCCGAGACGACAAUAGUUCCAAGAGAGGUGCUCCUUCCCCAUAAACCAGAUCCUGAGGUCUCUCAGAGUGAACCUGCUCCUUUAGAGACACGGGGCAUCCCUUUUAUACCCAUGAUUUCACCUAGUCCCAGUCAAGAGGAGCUACAGACCACUCAGGAAUCAGACCACGCCACCCAAGAACACUUCACAACUAAGAUUCCACGAACAACUGAAUUGGCAAAGACAACUCAGGCACCACACAGAUUGUACACGACUCCUGUGAGGCCCAGGCCAACUGACAGAUCACAGAUCAAACCUGUUACGAAUAGGACAACUGUAAAACUUAGACCCAAACCCAGUGGAAUGCCCAAAGGGAAUGGAGUGAAAACAGGGGUCCAGCAGCCCGUCCCUGGAGACACUGGUGCUAGUAGAAAUGUGUCAGUGGACUCAGCCCUCUCCACCAAAAGACCAGCCAUAAUCCCGGGCACUCGCCACCGACCCUUGCCACCUAGACCUACACCACUGCAAAGAAAACCUUUACCACGAAAUAAUGUCACUGGAAAGCCAGGAACCAUAGGAAUCAUUUCACCAGGCCAAGUAACAUCCCCACCCUUGAGGGCAACACCUGGGCCUACUGGAGCCGCCUCAGAGAAAACAGAGACAGAGAAAAAGCAACCCACAGUUUCCGCCUCUGGAGAAGAAUUUGGUAACAUAACUGACUUUAGUUCAAGCCCCACCAGAGAAACUGAUCCUCUUGGGAAGCCCAGAUUCACAGGUCCUCAUGUACGAUACAUCCAAAAGCCUGACAACCGACCCUGCUCCAUCACCGACUCUGUCAAGCGGUUCCCCAAAGAGGAGGCUAUGGAGGGGAAUGCCACCAGCCCACCACAGAACCCACCCACCAAUCUCACUGUGGUCACUGUGGAAGGGUGCCCCUCAUUUGUCAUCUUAGACUGGGACAAGCCACUGAACGACACUGUCACUGAAUAUGAAGUUAUAUCCAGAGAAAAUGGGACAUUCAGUGGGAAGAACAAGUCCAUUCAAACUACAAAUCAAACCUUCUCCACAGUAGAAAAUCUAAAACCAGACACAAGCUAUGAAUUCCAGGUGAAACCCAAAAACCCACUUGGUGAAGGGCCAGCCAGCAGCACUGUGACAUUCAGUACGGAAUCAGCGGACCCUAGGGUGAGCGAGCUAGUUUCUGCAGGAAGAGAUGCCAUCUGGACUGAAAGACCCUUUAAUUCAGACUCUUACUCAGAAUGUAAGGGCAAGCAGUAUGUCAAAAGGACGUGGUAUAAAAAGUUUGUAGGAGUGCAGCUAUGCAACUCUCUCAGGUACAAGAUUUACCUGAGCGACUCCCUUGCAGGAAAAUUCUAUAACAUAGGUGAUCAGAGGGGUCACGGAGAAGAUCACUGCCAGUUUGUAGAUUCAUUUUUAGAUGGACGCACAGGACAGCAACUCACUUCUGAUCAGUUACCCAUCAAAGAAGGCUAUUACAGAGCAGUUCGCCAGGAACCUGUCCAGUUUGGAGAAAUAGGUGGUCACACCCAAAUCAAUUAUGUCCAGUGGUAUGAAUGUGGGACAACAAUACCUGGGAAAUGGUAAAUCCUGCCACCAUGCUGAAAAGUGCCUUUUAUUUCCUCAUGGCAAAAACAAGACAAAAAAGCAAACACUAUGGUAUAUUUGUCACAUUCAUUUAAAGCUGUUUUGUUUACUAUGUAUAAAAGUUUAAAGUUUAAUUGCCAUAGUAGAUGUUUAUUAGAAAAAACUGCUGAGAAUAUUUAUCAGGUUUUACAAAGUCAUUUUAUGAAAGCAAGAUAUUAACAUUAACAAAGUAACAUUUUUGGGGAAGCUGGCUCCCUAUUCAUGGUAUUUUAAGAGAUCAUUUGUAUAUUAUUUAUCACACUGUUGUAAUGAUGUUUUGAGAUACUUUUAUGACAAAAUUGACAUCAAAAAAACUUUUAAUAUACUUUUUGAAAGAAUUACUUUUAUUAAUGUAUACGCUUUCUACUGGUUAAGUUGCUUCCAUAAAACUCUACUUAGUUUAACUUAUUGGAUCAAAUUAUCUUCAGCAUAUAUACCUGGGGAAAAAAGUCCUCUAAUAUUUAGUUAAACUUCAAUUUUUUACUAACAAACAGCUGAGUAGCUUUUUCUGAAGAGCUUAAGUAACACACUAGCAUGCAUGUCUUUAAAUGUUAACAAAUUAUUGAAAAGAUUUUGUUUGCAUCAGUAAAUUUCAUUUCAGCCAAAAAUGGAAUACAGAAUCUGUUUCAAAAGAUACAUUUUGUACUUUCUCUACCGGAUAGAUGUUGUUGUAAUGUCUGAGUGUACUUUUUUGUCAAAUACCUUUAAGCAGGUAUCUUCCUCAUGUUUUUAAUCUGAUCAAGUUGUGUGCAAAUGGACUGUGAAGUCUGAGUACAGAAACAGUGCAUCAUGGGCUCCCCGCUAGUCAGUCUGUAUUUAUACGUAAGACCUCUAUGCAUGAAUGCCGAAGAUGUUUUCAUAAUUGUUUUAACAUAAGCUUGUAAUAAAAAUUAACUCGUUUUUGUUAAACUGUA